UUCGCGAAAACCCUAGCACGAGCAGCGCCGCCGCCGCCGCCGCCGCCACCCAGCAAUAAAGGCGUCGCCGGAGGAGAUGAGUGGAGAGGGGGAGGGGAGGAGGAGGGUGCUGGACAUCCUCGCGGGCUCCGACGACGACUCGGACGGCCCCGCCGAGGACUACUCCAAGAUCCAGAUCAACGAGGGGUACGCUCGGAAAUUCGAGCACAGGAAGCGGCGCGAGGCGCUGGAGCGCCUCAAGGAGAAGAAGAAGAAGGGCGUCGUCGCCGACCCCGACGACGAGGACGAGGACGACUCCGACGACGAGUCGGAUGAGGACGAGGCCGUCGCCGCCGCCUCGCGCCGCGUCGACCGCCGCGUGCUCCAGGUCAUCCGCCGCAUCCGUAGCGGCGACAGCGCCAUCUUCGACAAGGACGCCAAGGUGUACUCCUCCUCGUCGGAGGACGAGGACGACGCCGAGGGGGAGCCCAAGGAGGGGAAGAAGGCCAAGAAGGAGCGCCCACUGUACCUCAAGGACGUCAACGCCCAGCACCUGCUCGAGGAGGGCCCCGAGUUCGCGGCGCAGGCUGGCCGUGGCAGCAAGUAUGACCGGAUUGCGUACAACGAGCUCCAGAGGGAGGGGCUGAAGGAGUUCCUUGAGGCGGAGAAGAAGGCAUUGGGGGAUGGCGAUGACGAGGAGGACGAUCUGUUCAAGGCGAAGCAGGCUGAAGGAGAUGGUGGCGACAGCGAAGAGGACGAAGACGAGAAGCAGACCGAGGAGCUGUUGGGUGAGGUUUUUGGGGAUGAUGACAAGCUGGAUGAAAAUGAGAAGUUUUUGAAGAAUUACAUCCUCAAUAGGCCGUACCUUGAACCAGUGCCGGAAAAGUUCUCGCUGGAUGAUAUCCAGGAGGUCUCACAGGAAGAGGAUGUGAUCGAAACUCAGGAGGACUAUGAGGAUAUUUAUAAUAAGUUGGGGGAUUAUAAAUUCCGGCAUGAGGAGGUGGAAGCUUCAGAGGGAGUGGUGACUGAUCGGGUAAUGGGACAUCCCCGGGUUGUUGAGGGGUCUGUGAGGAAGAAGGAGAGCGGCAGAAAGAAGCAGCGCAAGAGCAAAGAGGAACGGCUUGCGCGAGCCAAGCAGGAGCAGGCAGAGGAGCUGAAGCAUCUCAAGAAUUUGAAGAAGAAAGAGAUUGCUGAGAAGCUUGAGAAGAUCCGGAUGAUUGCUGGAAUUGAAGGGGAAGCUGCCUGUAAGCUUGGUGCAGAUGACUUGGAGGAAGAUUUUGAUCCAGAGGAUUAUGACAGGAAAAUGCAGGAGAUGUUCGACGACAGCUACUAUGGUGCUGAUGAGGUUGAUCCUGGGUUUGGAAGUGGAGAUGAUUUGGAUUUGGUCAAACCUGAUUUUGACAAGGAAGAUGAAUUGCUUGGGCUACCUAAAGAUUGGGCUCUUGAUGGUAAAGAAGGGUCUACUGCCACUGGUGAGAAGAAAAAGAAGAAGAAAAAUAAGGAGCUUGCAAAUGGUGAGGAGGAAGGCGAGAAAAAGAAGGGGAAGAUCUCUCUCAAGGACAAGGUGGAGCUUGAGAAGGAGCUUGAUGAGUAUUAUAAGCUAGACUACGAGGACACCAUUGGAGAUCUGAAGACACGGUUCAAAUAUAGGCAAGUUCAGCCAAACAGUUUUGGCCUGGAGACGUAUGAGAUACUGCAAUCAGAUGACAGGGAUCUGAACCAAUAUGUAUCCAUGAAGAAGUUAGCACCAUAUAGGGAGGAUGAAUGGCAGGGGUCAAAGGGCGCGCCGAGCUCGGGCGGCCUCCCGCUGUGGAAGCAGGUAUCCAUCUCCGACGCACUGCUCACUAACGAGAUUCUUGUCAUGAGGAGGAUAGUGGAGAACGUCGCGCCGCACCCGAACGUCAUCAGCCUGCACGAUGUCUACGAGGAUGCGCACGGUGUGCACCUCGUCCUCGAGCUGUGCUCGGGCGGCGAGCUGUUCGACAGGAUCAUAGGGCGCGAGCGGUACUCGGAGUUUGAUGCGGCCGCUGUUGUUAGGCAGAUUGCUGGUGGGUUGAAGGCUCUUCACAAGGCAAACAUCAUACACAGGGACUUGAAGCCAGAGAACUGCCUCUUCUCGGACAGAAAAGAAGAUUCCACACUGAAGAUUAUGGAUUUCGGUUUGAGUUCUGUAGAAGAUUUCAGUGACCCGGUUGUGGCGCUGUUUGGGUCGGUAGAUUAUGUUUCACCGGAAGCACUCUCGCGGCAAGAGGUUUCGACUGCAAGUGAUAUGUGGUCUGUUGGGGUGAUUCUGUAUAUUCUUUUAUCCGGAUGCCCACCAUUUCAUGCUGCAACUAAUCAAGAAAAGCAGCAAAGGAUCCUGCAAGGUGAAUUCAGUUUUCAGGAGCACACAUGGAAAACAAUAACUUCAUCAGCCAAAGAUUUGAUUUCCAGUCUUCUUUCCGUCGAACCUUACAAAAGGCCCACAGCAAGCGAUCUCUUGAUGCAUCCUUGGGUGAUAGGAGACUGCGCCAAGCAAGAUCGCAUAGAUGCAGAGGUCGUCUCGAAACUGCAGAGGUUCAAUGCUAGAAGGAAAUUGAGGGCGGCAGCGAUAGCCAGCGUCCUGAGCAGCAAAGUGGCAUUGAGGACAAAAAGGCUGAGGAGUCUUUUGGGAACCCAUGACCUUAGCUCGGAAGAGCUAGAUAACCUGCGGCAACAUUUUGCAAGGAUAUGUGCAGACGGAGAGAACGCCACACUAACAGAAUUCGAGCAGGUGCUGAAAGCAAUGAAGAUGGACUCCCUGAUCCCUCUAGCUCCUCGUGUGUUUGAUUUGUUCGACAACAACCGUGACGGAACCGUGGACAUGAGGGAGAUCCUCUGCGGGCUCUCCAGCCUGAGGAACUCGCGGGGUGACAAUGCUCUCCGACUCUGCUUCCAGAUGUAUGAUGCCGAUCGGUCGGGCUGCAUCAGCAAGGAAGAGCUGGCGUCGAUGCUCCGGGCGCUGCCUGAGGAGUGCCUCCCCGGGGACAUCGCGGAGCCGGGGAAGCUGGACGAGAUGUUCGACACCAUGGACGCCAACGGCGACGGCGAGGUCACCUUCGACGAGUUCAAGGCGGCGAUGCAGAAGGACAGCGCCCUCCAGGACGUGGUCCUCUCAUCCCUGCGCCCCGGGCAGCAGUAGGCUUCUCCAUUCAGAUCCAAUUUGUACUAGUUGAACGUGCAGUCUCCUGUCUGAACUCUGUCUUUCCUCCACCGGCUGCUGUAAAAUGGGAAGGGGAACAAAAACAGUACAUGCUGCGCCGUUUGUGGUUAAACAGUUAAACUCCUGCACGAUAUUAUUUCUAAGGGAGCACCUAUUCAUCUGGUCUGGUGCCUGAAAA